GGUCCUGUCCCAAGGAAGCCCUGAGGGUGCCCAGGAUGCUGGUGCUGUGCCUGCUGUCCCUGGCCUGGCUCAGCGAGGGCUCCCAGCGCAGUGAGCCCAUGUUUGUGGCCGUCACCCACCGCCUCCUCCCACCCGACUACGACAGCAACCCCACACAGCUCAACUAUGGCGUGGCUGUCACUGACCUGGAUGCCGACGGCGACUUCGAGGUCGUGGUGGCGGGGUACAAUGGCCCCAACCUGGUGCUGAAGUAUGACAAGGCACGGGGACGGCUGGUGAAUGUGGCAGAGGAUGAACGGGGCUCCCCAUACUACGCGCUGCGGGACCGGCAGGGCAACGCCAUUGGCGUGACGGCCUGUGACAUUGAUGGGGACGGCCGUGAGGAGAUCUAUUUCCUCAACACCAACAACGCCUUCUCUGGNAUGGCCACAUACACGGACAAGCUCUUCAAGCUCCGCAACGGGCGCUGGGAGGACCUCCUGAGCGAUGAGGUGAACCGGGACGUGGCCAGCCGCUUCGCUGGGCGCUCCGUCGCCUGCGUGGACCGGACGGGCUCUGGCAGGUAUUCCAUCUACAUCGCCAACUACGCCAGCGGCAACGUGGGCCCCCACGCCCUGAUCGAGAUGGACGUGGCUGCCAGUGACCCUGCCCGCGGCGUCGUGGUGCUGGUGGAUGUGGCCGCCAAGGCUGGUGUCAGCAAAUACACAGGGGGCCGUGGGGUGGCUGUGGGUCCCAUCCUGAGCGACAGUGCUUCUGACAUAUUCUGCGGUAACGAGAACAGCCCCAAUUUCCUCUUCCACAACUGGGGGGACGGGACAUACCAGGACGUGGCGGCUGCUGUGGGGCUGGAUGACCCCUACCAGCACGGACGCGGUGUGGCGCUGGCUGACUUCAACCGCGACGGCCGGGUGGACAUCGUCUACGGCAACUGGAAUGGGCCGCACCGCCUCUACCUGCAGAGCGGGGCCCCUGGGCGUGUCCGAUUCCGGGACAUUGCCACCCCCAAGUUCUCAAUGCCGUCCCCCGUCCGCACCGUUAUCGCAGCCGACUUUGAUAAUGACCAGGAGCUGGAGGUUUUCUUCAACAACAUCGCCUACCGUGGCUCCUCCGCCAACCGCCUCUUCCGGCUCAUCCGCAGGGAGCAUUCAGACCCCAUCGUGGAAGAGCUGAAUCCAGGGGAUGCGCUGGAGCCUGAGGGUCGGGGCACGGGGGGUGCAGUGACAGAUUUUGAUGGCGAUGGGAUGCUGGACCUCAUCCUGUCCCACGGCGAGUCCAUGGCACAGCCAAUCUCCAUCUUCAAGGGCACGCAGGGCACCAGCAACAACUGGCUGCGCGUCAUCCCCCGCACCCGCUUCGGGGCCUUUGCGCGGGGGGCCAAAGUGGUGCUGUUCACGCGGCGCAGCGGGGCCCACCUGCGCAUCAUCGAUGGCGGAUCAGGGUACCUCUGCGAGAUGGAACCUGUAGCGCACUUCGGACUGGGGCAUGACGAAGCCAGCAGCCUGGAGGUGACCUGGCCAGAUGGCCGUGUCGUGGCACGAGCCGUGGCCAGCAGUGAGACCAACUCUGUCCUGGAGGUUCCCUACCCCCUGGACACAGAAGACCCACUCGUGCCUGCCCCACUGGAGACAUGGAUGAGUGCACCAAGUUUCCCUUUGUCUGCCCUCGGGACAAGCCCAUCUGCAUUAACACCUAUGGCGGGUAUCGCUGCCGCAGCAACAAGCGCUGCAGCCGGGGCUACGAGCCCAAUGAGGACGGCACGGCUUGUGUGGCUCAAGUGGCCUUUUUUGGGGGAUACCCCUCCGCCGGGAGCUGGCCCGGGCUCCCCUACAGUGCCCUCCUCCCUCUAGUCCUCGGACCCUGCCUUUGCCUCUAUGCACUUUAACCCCUGCCCGUAAUACGCCAGAGCAGCCUUGGAGGAAGGACCGGCUGGCCUCUGCCUGUCUCUCUUUUUCUCUCUCUUUCUCUCCAUGUCGAACCACCCUGGAUGUGCUGGCUGUGCCCUACCAGGGCGGCCUGGAGUGGGAUGGGCACGGAGCCUGGCUGCCCCUUGCACCGUGUCUGGGAAAGUAGCCCCGGGGCAGCGCCCCUUCACUGGCACCUCCCCGCCCCAGCACUGCUCCUGCCAUGCUGGCACCUCCUGGGCAGUCGCUUGCUCCGUUGCCUCGAUACCGUACCAUGUGCCUGCUGGUUUGGCCUGCGACGUGUGUGCUUCGCCUGCCCCAUCCUCGGUGACAGGGACACUCCUCUCAACUCUGGCAGAGGAGGGUCCCCCCGGCCCUGCAGGGGAAGGACCCUCCUGGUCUGUUUUUUUAACGUAUUGACCCCACUGUUUGGAGUCAGACCCUGCUCAGUCUUCCAGCCCCUCUCUCGGAGAACCCCUCCAAUAAACUAUAUCCAGUCUAUUAGCCCAGCCUGCUGAGCUGUGCGGUGCAGGGCUGUACCCAUGAUUCUGCCCUGGGGCUGUAUGGGGAGGGGGCUCAGGGGUGGAGAGCUCCCCCAGCUCUCCCUGCUCUGGGGCCAGGAGCUAGCUGGAGGAUGCACAGUGGCCCUGGGCAGCUCUGCCCCUGCCCAUCCCUGCUCCCAGCCUUGAGAGCACAGACAGAUGUGCAGCACUGGAGGGGCUGGGGUCCAGCAGGCAGCUCUGCCCACACCACAACAACAGGGCCGUGCUGCCUUGCCCCUGCGCACUGUAACCCCCUGCCACUCUC